AGAAGUUGAAAUCCUACCACAAAUCAAUCUAACGAAUAAAAACAAAAUCAGCUUGGUAUUAUCCCUUCCCUUUCAGUCGGUGAAUUUCCUUACUUUUCUUGCACUUCACAAAUCCCUUACUCUUUCUCGCAUAAGAAAUCACGAAUCUGCUCAAAAAGAUGGGCUUGUGGGAUUCUCUGCUCAACUGGUUAAGAAGUUUAUUCUACAAACAGGAAAUGGAACUCUCUCUUGUAGGCCUUCAAAAUGCAGGGAAGACCUCACUUGUCAAUGCCAUCGCUACAGGAGGCUAUACCGAGGAUUCAAUUCCAACUGUGGGGUUUAAUAUGCGGAAAGUCACUAAAGGAAAUGUCACUAUAAAACUUUGGGACUUGGGCGGGCAGAGGAGAUUUCGUUCCAUGUGGGAGCGCUAUUGCCGUGGUGUCACAGCCAUAGUAUAUGUAGUUGAUGCUGCUGAUCGAGACAGCAUCCCCAUUACACGAAGUGAAUUACACGAUCUGUUGAAGAAACCUACACUAGCCGGGAUUCCUUUGCUCGUGCUUGGCAACAAGAUCGAUAAGUCAGAAGCUCUUACAGAGCAACCGCUGAUUGAGCAGCUGGGAUUGAACACAAUCGCGGAUAGAGAAGUGUGCUGCUAUAUGAUAUCUUGCAAGGAGACUGUGAACAUAGAUAUUGUGAUGGAGUGGCUUAUCAAACACUCUAAAACAGUAAAAUGAUCCAUCAGCUUUAUUUGUACAAAAAUUUCAGGAUUUUAUGUGUCGUCUUACGUUGUUUGGUGAAGAUUAUAAUUAUGUUACCUCCCAUCAAUGUGUGUGUAUAAUUUCAGUUUUAGAAUGAAAUUAUGUAGGGGUAAAAGCAACGCUCACUAUGUGCAUUGUGUUGUUCCAUUGCAUAUAGGAAGUGAGUUUUUUAACAUAAUUUUCUUCUUCUCUA